AUGACUCGUUUGUCAUCCCAGCAUCGCGCAACAACCUGCUGUCUAUUCUCAGCCAGAGCGGAAGAGGGUGUGCCGGAGUCAUCCCCUCUCUGGGGCGAAGAGCAAGCAUGGGAUGGCCAAGCUCAUCCACCAGUCGCCGGUGAAAGGCAGACGGCCAUUAUGAUUGGCUGGGGUAAGAAUAUACAGCUGACACCUACCGAGUUGCGAAUUGCUAGGUCAAGUAGCCAGCAUACAUUCUGCACGAUCUCGCCAGACCGGCUAUCAGAGGUUGUUCGAGCACAGUCUGCCUCCAGUGGGGUCAAAACAUUGCCCGAAUUCGCGAUCUUGAGAUAUUGUAUGCUUCCUAGCUUGCUUCUUACGCCUGCUGCAACCGGGCGUUGCCAGAAGCAAGACUUGACAGCACUCACUACCCUACACCCUCCCCCUUUCUCACCGAGCCGCAAGCGGCAUAUCAUUUACCUCGCCCCCGCCUUCGCCAAAGCUGUUGCCCUUGUCUCCUCAUCAUCCAAGUGGCCUUCGUCUUCUGUCUCAUCUCGUUCGCGUUUCAGACUCUGCCAAUUGACCGUACAGAUCGUCAAGCUAGGUCGCAGCCUCGAGGGCGAGCAGAGAUCACAGGCUACCAUGGCAAUGCCGCACGUACCCAUUCCCCCUCCCCCGCCUCAGUUUCCGCCCGUUGGCUUUCCUCCGCCAGGUGCCUUUCCCGCGCCUGUCGCGGUUCCAAUCCACAAGGAUCCUUAUAUGCACGACCAACCGGAUCAUAUGAUUGACAUUCUUGAUGACGAUGGUGGCUAUGGAAAGCCAAGGAAGCCGAAGAAGCAUGGCUUCGUGGAACCGGAGCUCAAGGGCUAUAUGCUCGAGAAGGUGGAACCCUUACUCGGUCAGAAGCUUAGUUGGGCGCGCGUCGGAAAGCGCAAGCUGCCUUUCGAUGAGGCCAAGCUCGAAUCGCUUGCGAAAGGCCAUCGUUUACGGACCAGGACUGGACCAGCGUCGGAUUACAAGCUAUGCACCGGCAAUCAGCGCGGCAUUAUAGACCGGCUUAUUGCGGAACAUCAGCGUCUGGAGAAGCAAACGAACGCUAUAUGGGUCCUCCAUGAUGUACAGCGCUUCGGUACGUGGCACUGGAGAUCGCUCGAGGUGAAGCAGAUCCAGGUCAUCCUACGGCGUCAGGAUGUCAAUGCAACAAAGCCUGGCGCCAGGCUCGGCAAUGUCUCUAGCUCCUAUCAGUUUGGAGAAAUCAUUGAUCUUGCCGAUCCCAUCCCGACAAAGAAGAAGAACAGGAAGAACCACCACGCCCACGAUGAUGGACUGCAACCCAUCGAUCCUUUCGGCCCAGGCAUCCCGGCCCUGGAGCCAGAUCAUGACCAAUACGCAUCACAGCAGCAGCCGCAACACCAGAUGCCGAUGCCGAUGCCUAUACCGAUGCCUCAGCCCGGCUUGCCAGAUCCGUUGUAUGCUCCUCUGGGUGCACUCCCAGUGAAUCCGGGGGUUCCGCAGUCUCCGUAUCAGCCAGACUCAUAUGGUCCCCCGAAUCCCUUCAUGCCGCAACCCAAUGUUAUGGUACCGGGACAGUAUGACCAACAUUAUGCUGGUGAUGAGCAGCGUUGGCCUAGCGCUAGAAUCGUGACCCGCUCACCGAGUCCUAUACGCCGGCGCUCAAGCAGUGCUCGGAGACUGCGCAGACUUGAGAAGGAUGUGCGUGAAGGCUUCGACGACCUCAACCGAAAAAUUGACAGUUGGCAUAUCAGCAGCGACUCGAGCGAAGGUCAACAGGAGAACGACUCGGUCUUCAGUCCACCACGAUCCGGAGGAUCGUUCACUCCCCCAUCCACACCACCGGGAUCAGAUGCCAUGUAUCCUCGAGGGAGUCUGCACCGCCGUGACAGCUUCGGGGCAAGGCGCGGCGAGAAGCGGUACUACGGCAAUGGGCGAGUCGAGGUCCAGCCCGCUUACACAUACCAACCACGCCAGGGCCGGCGCUCGCCCGAUGACCGACGCCGCAACGAGCGCGUGCCAAGAUUGCAUCGGGCUCAAACUUAUGAUGAUUACCCUAAUGGCAGGGCUGUAGAGCCUCGGUACCUGCCGAUACCGCGAGUGCAGCGCCGCCUCACCAACUACGAGGAGGCCUAUCCGAACGCCAACUUUGGCGAGCAGUACCGUCGGCGGGCGGGUAGGGAUCAAUAUGAUCCUCACCAAGAUGGCUUUCAAGCAGGCAGACGGGAACAAGUUCGCUACUUGCGCAGGCGCAGCGUCGAUGCCAGUGAGAGAUACCAUCGCUAG